UUUGGGAUUGUCUAGGGUCCAUAAAAGCUUCCGGGAUUGCUCUGUGUGUUUGGUUAGCCUUAUACCAUGGGAUUCGAAAGCGGGUACCUCAGGUUCCGGGGAGAGGCCCGUUUGUCUCCUCUGGUUUCUCUGAGAUAAGAUUCAAGACCAGGUACUUCAGGUUCCGGGAUUGGCCCGUUUGUCUCCUCCUGUUUCUCAUAGUUAAGGUUCAAGACGGUGUUAUUUCAGGUUCCGGGGACGGCUCGUUAGUCCUUCCUGGUUUUUCUGUGGGGUAAGAUUCAAGACCGUAUUACUUUAGGUUCCGGGGACGGCCCGUUCGUCUUUUAUUGUUUCUCUGUGGGAUAAGAUUCAAGACCUUGUUACUUCAGGUUCCGGGGACUGCCGUUUGUCUUCCCCGGGGUUCUCUCUGAGUUAAGGUUCAAGACCGGUACUUCAGGGUCCGUAAUUGGCCCGUUUGUCUUCUUUUUUCUCUGUGAGAUAAGAUUCAGGACCGUGUUACUUCAGGUUCUGGGGACGGGCCGUUUGUCUUUUCUGAGUUCUCUGGGGUCCGUGAUGACCCAUUUGGCUUCUCCUCUUUCUCUGAAUAAUAUUCAAGACCGGGAACUUCAGGUUUCGUGAUUGGCCCAUAUAUCUUCUCUGGUUUCUCUUUGGGAUAAGAUUCAAAACUAGGUAUUUUAGUUGGAAAAACCUGAAAACCUUUGACCUUUGAAAGGUAAAAUCAAGGGAUUAAGGUGGAUAAAUGAUUACCAUCCCUGGGUUUGUAGAAUCUACCCUUCAUCACACCAAACCCUCGAUAUUCCCUUUUGAUAUUUCCUUUUAAAAGUUUUAGGUCUUCUGGGUCAAAGGUCUUUAGAAUUUUGACCCAGAAGCCUUCUGGCGUGACUCAAUUAAUUUUAAAAAUUUUUCUAGUAUGUCAAUAAAAUUAUUGAACAAGCUCUUGAUACUUACAAAAAGAAGAGAAGUCAAAAAGUAGAGGUUGAACCAAAAUUAUCUGCUCUAAUCGAUCGCAUUUUUCAACAAAACUUGGAACGUCGCGAUUUUAAUUCUGUAAUUGGUUUGGCUUUUGAUACUCGGCGAAUUGAUAUGGUGGAGACUGCAAUUAAGUCUAAUGAGGUGCCAGAAAAAACACCAGUAAUGAUUGAAACGCUUAAUAAAGUUUGGGAAUCACAAUUGGAUAUUGAGUUUAGAAUUUUGGUGCUUGACUUGAUUUUCCAUAUGUUGGAUGCUGAUUUGCAAAUUGAGAAGAAGGGGUCGCAGAAUUUGGCUUUGAAAGUGCUUUCGAUAUGCCAGUGUUUGAUCAAAUUAGAACGCCUUGCCCAAGUUGCACAGAUUUUUAAUAAUCUUUUAUCGAAGAAAACUACUCUUGUUACCUAUCAACAUGCUUUUGAUCCUUACGAAAAUGCACCUCAAGAGUUUUUGGAACAACUCAAAGAACUUUUAUUCAAAAAAGAAGAUUCCCCAGAAAAUAACAAUUUAAAAUCAAUCCUUAGCGGUGAAGAAACGAUUAAGCAUCACAUGCAAUUUUUGAUAAAGAAUAACCACACGGAUAUGUUGAUUUUGAAGAAUAUAAAAGAUGUAGUCCGAGGAUCGUGUGCUCAUAAUGCUACUGUUAUUGCUAAUGGUUUGAUGCAUACUGGGACAACUUGUGAUGAUUUUUUGAGAGAUAAUUUGGAUUGGAUUUCUAAAGCAACCAAUUGGAAUAAAUUCAAUGCAGUUGCAUCGCUUGGGUUGAUUCAUAAGGGACAUGAACGCGAAGCUCGAAAGAUCCUCGAUCCUUAUUUACCCAGAGGCGAUGUUGAUCCAUAUGGCUUUAAAGAGGGAGGAUCUCUUUAUGCAUAUGGUUUAAUCCACGCAAAUCAUGACAAUCAAAGUGUUAUUAACUACCUCACUGAUCAAUUAAACAAAGCCACUACAAGUGCUGUUCGUCACGGUGGAUGUUUGGGUUUGGGAUUAGCUGCAUUAGGAACUCGUAGUGUCAAAAUUUAUGAACAUUUGAGAGAAUGCUUGUAUAGUCAAAAUGAGGCUGUUUCUGGUGAAGGAGCUGGAAUUGCAAUGGGAUUAGUUUUGGCUGGAUCGAUGAAUCAAUCAGCUUUUGAUGAAAUGAGAAGCUACAUUUUGGACACUCAACACGACAAAAUUCAGCGUGGAUUGCGUACUGGAAUUGCUAUGUUAGCUUAUGGAAUGUUGGAGAAGGCUGAACCGUGGAUUGAGAUUCUUGAAAGUUUCCAUUCCGAGUCGAUUAUGCGUCAAACUGCUGUGUGCAUGAUUGCCAUGGCUUAUGCUGGGAGUGGAAAUGCUGAAGCGUUAAACGACUUUUGGAAAAAGUUGCAGCAGAUCCUAGUAGUGAUGUUAAACGAUUUGCUACAAUUGCUAUCGGCUUUGAACCCUGAACUUUGCUUGAGUCACACUGGAAUGUUAUUUGAACACUUUAAUGGUCAUAUUCGUUAUGGAGCUGCUAUUGCUUUAGGAAUUGCUUGUGCUGGAUCUGGAUAUAAGGAGUUCGUUUCUCGUCUUGAACCUCUGUUGCAAGCCAAAGAAAACUUUGUUAGACAAGGAGCAUUAAUUGCUUUAUCUUUUGUAUUAAUACAACACACUGAGUCUACAUGUUCAAAUGUUGUUGAGUUUCGCAAAACAAUCACCAAAACUAUAACUGAAAAGAGUGAAGAUACAAUUACUAAGUUUGGAGCAAUUGUUGCUCAAGGAAUUUUGGAUGCCGGUGGACGAAAUGUCACCCUUUCUUUGGAUAACCGCGAUGGACAGUUUGACAUGCCUUCAGUUCUGGGAACCUUUGUGUUUUUACAGCAUUGGUAUUGGCAUUCGUUGACUCAUUUUAUUUCUUUGGCAUUUCAACAACUUGUCUAA